AUGAUGCGAUGCUUUAGGAAACCCAGCAAGGGAAGAAACACAAAAGUGGAUGAAGAAGAAGUGAAAUCAAGCUCGACUCGGAAGGAAUUCAGAUUCGCCGAGGGAAGAUCAGAAGAGGAAAGUUUCAUGAUAAAGAAUGGCGGUCUGAUAUUGGAAGGGCUAAUCUCUUCCUGUGGUAUCAAUUUCACUCCCUAUCGUACUUUUUCCAAGCGACAACUCCAGAUCGCAACCAACAACUACGCUCGAAAUAGAGUUGUUCACAGUGGCCUUUGUCAUUCGUACAAGGGGAACCUCGAUGAUCGUGAAGUUAUCGUCAAGAAUUGGUUUAAAAUCCAAUGCUCCAUUACCGAAGUUGUAGUGGGACUGCAGAUGAAUAAUCACAAGAAUGCUUUAAAACUAUUGGGUUGUUGCUUAGAGACCCCAAUCCCAUCCCUGGUAUUCGAUUAUGCAGAGAAUGGUUGUCUCUCUGAUCACAUAUACGAAGGCGUGAAUCGUCCACUAUUGUCAUGGGAAAGCAGAUUAUGGAUUGCAAUAGACGUAGCAGACGGCAUAUCCUAUCUCCACACAGGUACUUCAAGGCCCAUCAUCCAUCGAAACAUCAAACCCUGUAAUAUUUUCUUAGAUAAAGACUUCCGUGCCAAACUAACAGAGUUUGGGGACUCUCUAUCGAUUCCUCUGGGUGAAACAUAUGUAGAAACGAUUGUGGUGAGGACUUAUGGGUACGCGGAUCCUGUGUAUGUGGAGACCGGUAAAUGUACAGAGAAGAGCGAUGUACAUGGCUUUGCGAUGGUAUUGUUUGAGAUUUUGUCGGGAAAGAGGCUUUCUAAUUGUUUGCGCCAGGAUAAGGAACAGUUGGAUGAAGGUAAUAACAAAGAUCUUUCGUUUGAAGAUCAAAUUUGGAGGUACUUCAAAGGAAACAUCUUAAGAGAAGGAAACAGCGAGCAGAGAAUGGCGUGUGCAGAGCUUGCCCGGAGAUGUAUGGUAUACAAUCCAGAGGAAAGGCCAACAAUGGUGGAAGUUGCAUAUGAGCUCAGGCGAAUCCAAAAAGGUAUCCUCCACCCAGCCAGUACUUCUCUCAGUCAUCAUUUGCAAGCAUAA